GAGCGGAGCAAACUGUAAGCGGGGGCGGCGGGCCAGCGCGCCCGGAGUCUGAGGAGGGGGAAGCGCCGACCGCCCCGCCGCUCGGCCACUGCAGCUGCAGCCCCGGAUGUCGCCGCAGUAGCCGCGGCCGCAGCAGCAGCACCCGCAGCAGCAGCAGCAGCAACACCCGCAGCAGCACCCGCAGCAGCAGCACCCGCAGCAGCAGCACCCGCAGCAGCAGCACCCGCACCCUCGGCGCCGCAGCAUCAGCGCCGCAGAGCCGAGCCUGAGCCGCCGCCCGCAGGAUGGCUGCAGCGCCUCCGCCUCCGAGCUGCUGUUUGGUGGCCCUUCCGCCUCAUGCUAAGGACGGUCUGGUGGUGUUCGGCAAAAACUCCGCUCGGCCCCGGGAUGAAGUGCAAGAGGUCGUGUAUUUCCCGGCUGCGGAUCACGAACCCGAGAGCAAGGUGGAGUGUACUUACAUUUCCGUCGACCAAGUUCCCAAGACCCAUGCCAUUGUGAUAAGCAGACCUGCCUGGCUUUGGGGGGCAGAAAUGGGAGCCAAUGAACAUGGAGUGUGCAUAGCCAACGAAGCGGUCAAUGCCAGGGAACCGGCCGCCGAGACGGAAGCCUUGCUGGGGAUGGAUCUGGUCAGGCUUGGUUUAGAAAGAGGGUCAACAGCCAAGGAAGCCCUAGAUGUCAUCGUCGCCUUGUUGGAAGAACACGGGCAAGGUGGGAAUUAUUAUGAAGAUGCAGGCUCCUGCCACAGCUUCCAGAGUGCUUAUCUGAUUGUGGAUCAUGAGGAGGCCUGGGUGCUCGAGACCGUAGGGAAGUACUGGGCUGCUGAGAAAGUCACAGAGGGCGUCAGGUGCAUCUGCAAUCAGCUCUCACUCACCACCAAGAUCGAUGCAGAGCAUCCUGAGCUCAGGAGUUAUGCUCAGAGGCAAGGCUGGUGGACAGGAGAGGACGAGUUCAAUUUCUCUGAAGUUUUUUCUCCAGCUGAUGACCAUCUACACUGCUGUGCAGGCAAAGACAGCUUAGAAAAGCAAGAAGAAGGAAUCACUGUGCAGACUAUGAUUGACAUCUUACGGGACAAAGCCAGUGGCGUCUGCAUAGACUCCGAGUCGUUCCUGACCACAGCCAGCAUGGCGUCUGUCCUGCCCCAGAGCAGAGGUUCACCGUGCAUCCACUACUUCACCGGGACCCCAGACCCCUCCAGGUCCAUCUUCAAGCCUUUCAUCUUUGUGGACGAUGUAAAACUUGUCCCGAAAGCACAGUCUCCCUGUUUCGGGGAUGACGACCCUGCCAGAAGGGAGCCCCGGUUCCAGGAGAAACCAGACCGUCGGCACGAACUGUACAAGGCCCACGAGUGGGCACGCGCUGUCAUCGCCAGCGGCCAGGAGCAGGGCCGCAGGCUGCGGAGGACCAUGCUGGAGCUGGAGAAGCAAGGCCUGGAGGCCAUGGAGGAAAUCCUGGCCAGCCCCGCGCCCCCGGACCCCGCCGAGGUGGCCGACCUUUUCUAUGACUGUGUGGACACGGAGAUCAAGUUCUUUAAGUGAAGCCACCCUCCCCCUCGUAUUUAAAGUUUCCCACCGACUAACUUACCAGCAAAACCACCGCUCUCCCGUGCGAGAAAGACGAGAGGCCCUCCGUGGCGGCUGGUGGUCCCUUUUCCGAAGCCAGGCCGGACGGACACUUGUGUUCUGCUGGAACCUCAACACGUCCCCUCUGCCACGUGGUCCCCUUCCUCUGCUGUGUGACCUGUGCCCCGUGCGCCCGUGGUUCCCCCGUGUGACUAAUCGUGGAUGUCAAGCUGCUGCUGUUGUAUUUCUGUGACAAUGGACACGUUGGCCUUUCCGGGAGGAUGUGCGCUCACCAGGCCCUGGAAGGCAGGCUCCGCAAUGCUGAGCGGGUGGGGAGGCAAAGUCUCCUGCCGUCUUCCUCGCUGAGUAAGUUUCUUCCAGGCUCACAACAGGCAUUGCUGUGUCUGGCCCAGGGCCUUGCCUGUGCCCUCGAGGGAGAAGCUUCCUGGCUGCCCUGAACGUGAGGGCUUGUCUGUAGUGCGGAAGGUCUCCAGGUGUGUCUUCUGAGGGACACAUCUGGAGGGAAGGAGGACAGGGGUCCUGUCCAGUCCCAGCUCCGUCCGGCUUCCCGUGAUCCUCACAAGCCCGUCUUCUGUGCCCCGUGCUUGUGAGCGGUGGACCCAACUGCUCCCACGUGCGGGAGGGCUGCUCCCUGUGUGAGCGGGACCCGCCCCCUGUAGCGAGUCAGAGGCAGCCACACCUGUGGCUUCCCUGCAUCCCCGCGUGGGCCGCCCAGAGGCACCAGGCUCACCUGCUCCAGCGCACCUGCCACCUGGCUGCCCCUGUGCAGAAUGGUUCCGGCCUGCUUACCGCCGUCUGUUUAGGGCAGUGGUUCUCAACCUUGGCUGCACAUUAGAAUCACCUGGGAAUCUUUUUAAAAUCCUGAUUUCUGGGCCUCAUC